AUGAAUAAUUUAUCGAAGUGAGAUUAUCUUCUUAAAGAUUAGUGGAUGAAAGUUAUAUUUCUCUUGUAGUGGAAAGCAUACAUCGUAGAAUCGAACAAUUGCAAUAUUGCUAAUUAACACAUGGAACAUCCAGUAGGAAAGGAAACUAAAAAUUUCUAGAUCUUCGUUUUUAUUUUCACUUUUACAAACAUACCGCACACACCUUUAGCAAUACUUCGAUUGUCAUAACCUGUUGUUGUAUUAUCGAUAGAGAGUUGGAGAGUUAUAUGCGAGGUUUGAAUUCGAGAAAAGGUUCAACAAAUAGACAAAUCAAUAGAUGUAGUAUAGCAAUGGCAAAAAUCGUAAGGUGGGUAAACAGAAACGUGAUUUUGGAGCGUGGUACCGAUAGAGCGAACAGACAACGGGCACCGGCGCGUAGCGCACGGCCCUGGAACUCGUGCUGUCAGAGCGCAACGGUGCGCCGGACGCUCGCUUGACUAAGGGAGUGCCCGUCCCGAUGCAAAGUGUAAGUGAAGUGGCCUACAGACCUACAUUUGUCUAACGUUCGAUUUUUUUCGAGCCGGCGGACAGGAGGUUAAUAAUCCGCGCGGGGCUCAUUUUUCCGCGGGCGUGUGUGAUGUCGCUGUUGUGUGAUAUACCGAUGUUUGGUUGAAAGAGACGGUGUAGUUUCGGUACGCUCAGACGGCGCUGGCCGGCGCGGGGAGCGUAGUAGUAAAAAGAGAGGAGGACAGCAAGAGCGUGCGCACACGAGGAGGAAGAGAGAAAGAGAGAGAGGGAGCACACCGACGACGGGCGAGAAAGAAAGAGAGAGAGUGAGAGAGAAAGAGAGAGUGAGAGAGGGAAGAAGAACGAGCGCGCGCGGUUCUCCAUCGGCUAGACAGAGAGGAAGGAACCGAGACAGACAGAUAGAUAGACGGGGGUAAGAAAGAGAGCGAGGGCACGUAAGGAGAGUGUGUAGGUGUUUCGAGAGAAGUGCGUGCGUGCGCUCGGGGACGACGUGCAGGAGGAGGGACCCCCGUCUGUCUGUCUGCUGGAAUGCACGAGGGCCGAAUGGCUACGGGGACAGGGGAAGGUGGGGGCCACACGGCCCUCGAGAACACCACUGCGACGGCCCUUACGGAAUCAUCGUCGUCCUCCUCCUCCUCGGUACCGACCAUCCUCACUGAAAACAACACCGCGACUAAUCUGCCUUUGACGGGACUUCAACAACCGACCCUUCAUCAGGUGCAACCACAGCAACAGGCGCAACAACAGCAACAACCACAGCAACAACCACAGUCGCAAGCACGGGUCAACUUGGUCACUGAUCUGCCAGCGAACGAUGCAUCAGCCGUGCGAGCGGACCGGAUGAGAGGCGGUAGGAACAAAUUCGGACCUAUGUACAAGAGAGACCGAGCGCGGAAGCUACAAAUGCUGAGACAACGGCAGCUGGCACUGCAAACGAUACGCGGCAGCCUCGGUGACCCAUCGAACUAUCCCUCCGCCGUAACGCCUUUCCUGCAUAUUAAACAGGAGAUACAAAUACCUCAGGUCUCGAGUCUAACGUCUUCUCCAGAUUCGAGUCCAUCCCCCGCAGCCGUGGCCGCUGGUCUGGUCACGACACAAGCUGGCAGCGGAGCUGGUCAGCAUCAACUGAUCGCGCCGUCAUGCCAGCCAAACAUUUCUGGCGGUAAUCACCUGCACAACCUCAACACUGGCCUGGAUAGUAAGCUGUGGACUGCCAAUUCCACCACCCCUAGUCCGAAGGCCUUCAACUUCGGUGAACAGUCCACGCAGCCUCAUGGGGCCGCUAGUUCCGCACCCUCUACCGCCGCUUUAAAAACUAGUCCGAUGAUAAGAGACUUUGUGCAAACGGUCGACGAUCGCGAGUGGCAGGCAUCCCUUUUUGGACUAUUGCAAAAUCAAACGUACAAUCAGUGUGAAGUGGACUUGUUCGAAUUAAUGUGCAAAGUGCUCGAUCAGAAUCUGUUCUCGCAGGUGGACUGGGCAAGGAAUUCUGUAUUCUUCAAGGAUCUCAAGGUUGAUGACCAAAUGAAGUUGCUACAGCACUCCUGGUCGGAUAUGUUGGUGCUCGACCAUCUUCAUCAAAGGUUACACAAUAAUCUACCUGAUGAGACUACACUUCAUAAUGGCCAAAAGUUUGAUCUCCUUUGCCUCGGCCUACUUGGAGUUCCUUCCUUGGCAGAUCUGUUCAAUGAUUUAUCGUCCAAACUUCAAGAACUCAAAUUUGAUCUUUCGGAUUACAUAUGCAUGAAAUUCCUGAUGCUGCUCAAUCAUGAAGUCCGUGGGUUAGUUAACAAGAAACAUGUGCAAGAAGGUCAUGAACAAGUCCAACAAGCCCUUUUGGAUUACACAUUGACAUGUUAUCCUUCUAUACCGGAUAAAUUUAACAAGCUGCUAGCAGUAUUACCAGAAAUCCAUUUGGUAGCGAGCAGGGGAGAAGAUCAUCUUUAUCAGAAGCAUUGUAGUGGUGGAGCACCAACUCAAACUCUUCUCAUGGAAAUGCUUCAUGCUAAGAGAAAAUGAAACGAUAGAUUCGUUUGGCACUUUUGCCAUGAGUUAGUCUGUUGCUAUAUCUCAAAAAUCAAGA